UGUAACAAGUUAAUUAUUGUGCUCCCUAUCUCCAAAUAUAACCAUGGAAUAUGACAUGUCAAAUUUGAAUUUGAAUUUUAGCAAUUUCAAACUUUUUAAGAAAAAAAGUAAAACAAUUUCCUUAAAACAAGAUUACACAAGUCAAUUUAUUUAAAAUUUGGAACCCAACUAAAGAAAUUUCUUAAUUUGACUACAUUGACGAUUCUUGUUCGGAACCUAUAAAAGCCAAACACCUCUUCAAGUUUUAUAUAUUGUACUCCAAAAGAAAGUGUUUUUUUGGAUUGAGUAUCAAAUAUGGCUGGAAAAAGGCAUAGGGAUACUAGGGAUUGUAGUGAAAAUGUGAGAAACUCCAUCCUAGAUAGAAGAGCAACAAGUUUCUUUAAGAAAGCAGAAGAGUUUUCUAUUUUGUGUGAUGUAGAAGUCGCCAUAAUUAUUUUUAGGCCAGGGAAUAUCCAACCCAUUGCUUGGAAAUCUACAAGUCUGGAUCAAGAUGUCUUAAAAAGGUAUUUACGUUUUACCAAGUUCGAAAGGCUUAAAAAGUUUGUCAUACAUGAAACCUAUCUUCAGGGGAAAGUAGAUAAGAAAGAAGAACAUAUUGGCAAAUUAGAGAAAACGAAUGAGGAGAAUGAAAUGGAACUCCUCUUCAACCAACUAGUGGAGGGAAAGAGUAUUAAUAAACUUGAUGCAAGACAAAUGAAAGGUUUGUUAAAGGUGUUUUCUACUAAAUUAAGUAAAAUUGAUGAAAGAAAGAAAGAACUGAAACAGCCUCCAAAUCCUCCAUCCAACAACGAAAAUGUUACCCUAUCAGCAAGUACAAUGGAAGAUGUAUUCAAUGACCCGUGGUUUAUUGAGUCUAUGGCUACAUUAGGGGAUGGAAGCGGUACAAAGCCUGCACCAACGGAAGGCAAUGACACCAAUGUUGAAGAUGAUGGACAUUCCAAGGACCUCAAUUGAGAAUAUAAUAAUUAUGUUGUGCUUGCUUUUUCAUUGUGUGCGUCUUAAUUUGUUGCAUUUUCCUAUCAAUUUUUUGUUAUAGUACUUUUUCUUUCAAUUAUUUAUGAUCGGUAUUCUAUUUUGUUGGAAAAAUAUACUAAUGUUGUUUUGUCAACGAGUUAUUUGUCUAAAACUUUUGGACUAAGUUGAAUCUUUAUU